UCUCGUGGAGUUGGUUCGUCGCGUUUGCGAUGCCCCAAUGUCUAUGCCCGAACCAAAAGUUUAUCAGAAAUUACUCGACUACAAUACAGCGUUACUGAAAGGCGUACAAAAAGGUCUACAACAAGCUAGUGCGACGUUGUUGGAAGUCAAAGGCAAACAGUCUUUGGAGACUGAAAGCGAUAAGCCGCCUGGCGAGACAAAAAGUAAAACUUCUCGCAAUCGAAUAUCGCUUCCCCUGGGAAUAUUUACACCAGGAAGAUUGAGAAGAUUGAAAGCAGGCACCAGAUCCUUCACCGAUCUUUCGGAACCUGUUGAUGAAAAGGCAGACCCUCUGCAAGGUAUCUCGUCUGCCAGCAGCACACAUAUAAGCAAACGAGAGCCUGGGUUACGGCUACGCAAGGGCCGUGAUGAGGCUGUGUCGUCUAGAGAGAAUUCAGAUGAUGCUUUCCAAUUUAGGCUGCCUACAGACGAUUUUACGCUUGGAACGGUGGGCGAAUAUACAGCCAUAGCGACCACAGUGUCAGCAAAGAGCAAGGAUCAUGGGAGCGCGGGUGGCACUGCUGAGGGCAGCCCGGCGAAGGGCCGGGACGACCACAUACUCAGCAAGCACAGGAUAGAGGGCGGGUGCACGCUGGCUCAGUUACU